AUGAAGUUCUUCACUGCACCUAUCGUUGCUUUGACACUUGCCGCUUGUGCUCUAGCCCAGAUUAGAGUCAGCCUCAACCCGUUCACCGAGACCGACAGAAUGUGCACCGGAAUCAAUCAUUAUGAACGGAGGCAGACCUCCCUAUACUCUUGUGUGCCAAUUCACGUCCACGUUGUUGGUUCUGGUCGUGCUACUGGAGAUUCUCCGACUGUCACAGUUGCACCGGGAAUGGGAUUUCCCAAAAUCCAUGUGAUAGAAUUUGCGAGCAACGUUGCAACACUGUUACAAGCUCGAUUUGAGCUGCAUAGACUAAUUGCUGAUCUUGGUGAGGUCGUCGAAUUACAUCAAGCUACCCUGCAACUUCUCCCUAACAACCAUUCAAUUACUCCUCGACCCUCGACCGCUACAUCGUGGUUCACAUCAUUUAAUCGCUCUUUGUCUCUGAACAGCCUUGCGAAUGCCCUCCAAACUCGAUUCGAACAGCAUUGGCAGGCUGCAGACAUUGAUGAAGCAAUUGAGCAUAACCGUGCUGCCCUCCUGCUAUGCCAAGACAGCCAUCCAAAGCAUUCGAAUGUUGCUCGAACAGCCAUCCCCACCUACCAUACUGCUGAGCACACCCAUGAUAGUGCACACGAUGAAGCCUGGCAGCCACGACGAUGCGAUUUGACGGGGGCUUGUAAGCAUGAUCGGCCCGAUGUGGAAAUACGAUAA